CUCAGCAUGGCCUCAGGACAUCACGGUGACAAAGUCAGGCCCAAACGUCACAACUUGGUGAUCCCCAAAUCUCAGAGGCCUCUGCUGUGAGAGUUAAAUGUUGGUGAGCACAUUGCUAAACUCUGAGGUACUCUGCCCGUACGCAUUGCCCACUGUAGGUCUGAGCUCCAUCUGAGGACUAAAUGGCGGUUGGGGGGUGGGCGGUGGAGGGCAGCGGGUCCUGGUGUCACUGGCCUGAGGGUCUGUGCUUGACCUGGUGGCUUCAGGCAGAAGCUAAAAACCUUGGGAUAUUACCACCUGCUUCCUGGUGCUCUCGAAGUCACGCACAGCAAGCUACUGGAUUUGCACCGCUGUCUAAGGGUUCUGUGACCUCAGCUUCCACUCUCCCGGCUCCGGCUGGGCUGACUGUGGCUGCCGAGCAGACGUUCUUUCCAGAGUUAUAGCAAUAGUGAGCAUAGCAAAAUCACCUUCUGGGGUGGAUGACCUCAGGCACUGGGUCCAGCCGGGUCCUACCUGCCUCGCAGUCUCCCUCCUCCAUCUUGCCACAUCACAAGGAGGCUGUGAGGGGAGGACAGAAGAGGAGGAGCCUCUUUGGCUCCUUCCUUCUCUCUCCCGGGACCUGGUCAGGCACCGCAAAGGUGCUCUGUCCGCACCAGGUCUGCCCAGAAGCAGACCGAUAUGCUUGCUGGGCCCCUAGAGCCUCAGAGAGGUUAAGCUACGUGGGCAUCUGGGCACCAUUCCAGGGGCCUCUGUGUCAUUUCCUGGCGACCUUCAUGCACACAGAAGUUGUUAGGUGGGGCAGGCUGUUAAAGGCCCAACCUUGCUGGGAACCCAGCACAGCAUCUGAGGAAUGGUACCAACCCACUCAGUGUCCCUCUGUUGCAGGCCAACACACUCAUUUUACAGAUGUAGAAACUGAGACCCCAGAGAAGGGAGUGGCAAGCCCUUCUGAUGAGCAACACCCCACUUCUAGAUUCUGUUCUCUCCCAAUCCACGAUGGCAGGCAGCUUCUCACAUCAGCAGUAAUGACUGUAUUUAUUAUUUAUUUAUUUUUCCCCUCCGUACUCUUCCAGCCCACCCCACCCCCCAUCAGCAGGAUGGCUGCUUGGGCCCUUUGGAGGCGAAGGGCUACAAAGGAGAGCUCGGGGCUGUUUGCAGAUCCUUGGGGGAAAUGGAGCUCCCCAGCAAGAAGUUGGGGUUCUGUCCUCCCCUCCCAGGAGGCCAGCGCGGGUCCAACAGUGAAGCAGAGGAAAAGGUUAGGUCAAGAAGAGCAGCUUUCCCAGCCUGGGCCCGCGGGCUCUGCUUCUCCAAAGGGAGGUGGCAGGAAGUGUCAGCCACCAAGGGAACUGGCGGGGUCCAGCCCCCAGGGCCUGGGUGCAAUGACCUCAUCAAGCAUUUCCAGCUUUUAUGAUCUGCCAACAAGGCCCUCAAGUGACGCAGGCCGACCUCCCCUUGCAGCCUGUUCUCCCGGGCUCCGGGCUCCGUGAUCUCAGCCCCGUUGGAAUGCCACUGCCAUUCACACGCCCCUGCCCAGGCCACAGGCCACAAGGCACAGGCCGGGGCACGGAGACGGGGCCAGAGGGAGUGGAAUUGGUCUAGAAGAGGAAAGGAAGUCAGCAGGUAGGUGAGUGGAAGAUGUCACCCCAGAGGCCGGGAACGGGGUUCCAGAAGCAGAGAGCACUCGGCCCUGAGGAGAAAGAGUGAGGGGACUGAAAUAUGGAAGAAGCCAUGGAACAGCUCCUCGGUGGUCCCCCAGCCUGGGGAUCCCCAAACUGGCUCACAUGGGGCACCUGCCAGCUGCUGCUCCCUUCCUCAGCCUGGGUGCCUGGCACAGCCACCGUCUCCUGCCACAUGCACACACACAUGCAUACACACACACACGGGACUGACGCGUCUGGCCGACAAAGCAUGGGCAUCAAGUUCAAAUCCGGGACUGGACUCUUGAUCACAGAAUGCCCAUGGGUAAAUUGUGGGCCCUCCCUGAGCCUCCAUUUCUGUGAAAAAGUGGAACUAGCACUAAGAGUGUCUUCUUAGGACCAGCGUGAGGCAAUGCACGAGCUGAGAGGACAGUGGCCCGGACCCGUGGGCAGUUCUCUUCCACAGGGAUAUUCAGGGACUCAAGUUCCAUUCAGCUCUCUUCCUGCCACCCCUUAAUGCAGGGGUUCUCUACCUGGACUCCACACGGAGAACUCAAGGAGUUUGUGAAGGGAUGUGAGGCAAAAAUAAAUAAAUAAAUAAAUAAAUAAAUAAAUAAAUCACAUCUCUAUUUUCACGAACUUUUAAAAAAAUUAGCAUUUCCUUUUAUUAUGAGUGUGAUGAUAAACCACCGCAAAAACAGGGGUAUCGGGGACUCUGCUGCCAAUAGGCAUCAUGGUGACUUUUGUGUCCUAUGACAGUGUCACAGAUAUCCCAAACUAUCAUUUAACAUUCAUUCCUAUUUCAAAAUUAUACUUUGCUGUCUGUCCUGCUGCUGUUGGAUGUCAUUAUUUAAUGUCGACAAAGGCAACACAAUUCUA